AUCUCUCGAUGGGUCACGCACCACUUCUUUGAUCCCAAUCUUCGACCACAAUCUGCAGAACUGUGUAGUACAAUGCAACACUACCUGUACUUCUAGAUAGAUCUCUUAAAAUCAACUUGGGUACAGAAGCUCUUAAUCCUUUCGUCUUUGAUAUUGGGGCAGUGUUUCGGUGGCAAGACCAAGUGCUGGGUACCCAGGUAUUCUUUGAGGUUACGAAACUGCGGAAUUUCUUAUCUUAGAAUUCUGAAUUUUGUACUUUUAGUGUCCAUCAUAGACCUUGCGAAACACGAUUGGGACUGCGGAAUUGAAGCCCGUCGUAUAUCAGAAAGGCGUUUUGAAGUGCUUCAACAACUCUCUUUCUCUCGCGUGAGGGGCCUGUGCCAUCGGGAGAAGAGACUGAAAUGGCCCAAACAAUGAAAACUAUGCAAGUGCUUGGCAUGAGCGGCUCAUUGGCUGGUACUUCACAAUUCGUUGACAAUUCUGUUUCUCUCCGAAGUGCAAAAGGGUUAUCUAAAUGCAGACGACCAGCUUUCUCAGUGAGAGCCCAUGUGAAGGACGAGCAUAGUACCCUUGCGGUAACGACGCCAGCCACCAUCACCUCCAUCGUUGUGUUGGCUGAUGCCGGUGCAGCGAACGCCCUCACUAGCGAAGAUGUCACUGGAACUGUCUUGAAGAUGGAAUCGAUUGCCUCUCAAGUGGCCCAAACAGCAGUUGACGUAUUCAACGCAUCCAAGGACGUCUUUCAACAAGUUUUCACCUCCGUGAAGCCCGCUGUGGACGUUGCCACUCCUUACGUCCAACAGACUGCAGACUACGCGUACAAAUCUGUCUUACCCAUUGCAACAGACCUAGAGAAGCAGGCAGUGAAGGCCCUUCAGAGCAACGGCAUUGACACGAAACCUGCACUGGAUGUCGCCAAGACAGCAGUUAGCGUUGCUGGCGAAGCAGCCGGACAGGCUGAGAAGUACAUUGAAAGCGCUCAGCCAUCAAUUUCAAGCACUCUUGACAACGUGUUAUCCUCAGACCCCCUGGUGUUAGCCACAGGAGCUGGAGCCUUACUACUUUUGUAUUUCUUGGCUCCUCCUUUGCUUUCGAAUGUUUCCACCGCUGUGCGGGGAUUCCGGGGUGAACUUACCGCUCCCCAAGCUUUAGAUCUUCUGACGAAGCAAGACUACGUUCUUAUUGAUGUGAGAAGCGAGAAGGAAAAGACCAAGUCUGGUGUACCCAGCUUGCCAAGAAACGUGAAGAACAAGUUCUUGUCUAUUUCAGUUGAGGAGUUGGCAGGGAAACUUAGGGGGCAAAUUCGCAAUGUCCGCAAGGUUGAGGCAGAGAUUACUGCCCUCAAGAUCGCAUCCAUGAAAAGACUUGACAAAGGUUCCAACAUCGUCAUCAUAGAUUCGAACGGAGAUAUCGCCAAAAUCAUUGCCAAGUCAUUAUCAGGAUUAGGAUUCAAAAACGCUUGGAUCAUUGCCGACGGCUUUGAUGGAAGAAGGGGCUGGGUACAAAGCAGUCUUGGCACAGAGACCAACUCAUAUGCCGAGGUCGUCCCUUCUCGCAUGAACUCUGGAGGAACCAGAAGAUUUUUCUCUAGCUCAGCAAAGAAUGAAUUGGAUGGCGGUUCCUCACGACUUAGACUCCUUCCAGGGUCUUCGGACGAUUAAACGUCAUUUACAGAGUCAGAGAUUUCAUCCCCGACUCUCAGAUGUAUUAUCAAAAGCAUCGUACUUGCGAACUUCUGUAUCACCUCAAUUGGGAAUUACUAUAUUUAGCCCAUUAGUCUUGGUGGAAAGAGCACUGCAUUACUGAGGUCUAGAUUGAAAAUGGAGAUUCUUGUGUACAAAAAUUUUUUCCAUGAUGCGGCGUUUGACUCAGACUGCUUCCAUCAAGAUGCAAGUCGACAUCCAUUUGUUUUCAAAUAACUCCAACCAAUAAAAGAAUGCUUUUAUCCUCA